AUGCCUUCUAAGCGCGGACGCCCCUUAUCCCAGACUACAGAUGACCCUACUCUCAAUCGACGGCGUGUUCUUGCUGCCGCGCGCGUUCAACGGUUUCGCCACCGACAAAGAGAUGAACGCACUUCGAUUACACGACCUACUUCGGCGCAGCUUCAACAGGGCGAGCAGAUCAUCUCCCUCGCGAUGACCGACGAAGAAGAAGCGGCUGUGACACUGUCACAGAUGGGCCUGAGAGUCUCUGGACUUACGAUAGCUCGAGAUGCGCAAGAUGCGCAACUUCAGCAGGGAGCCACUGAGGUGGACGAGCAUCGCACACUGUAUAAGCCUCACACACUUAUCACAGCCAGCAACAACAAACCUUCUUUUAGUUAUUCCUCCACCAUCGCGUCUACCGACCAAUCCUCUCCUCGCCCAUCACAACUACUAUCGAGUCAAUCGCAGCUUUCUCGCUUCUUUCCACAGUAUCCUCCUCGCAAUCCUUUUAUCGCAUCAACCGUCAAUACCACCCCUCCUCUAAUUCGAUUAUCUCCUGUCCGACCAUCUUUCAGCCCGCUGUCAUCUUCUCGGCGAUCUCCCUUUCGUCCUUCCUUUAGCCCUCUUUCAUCGUCUAUCCGUGAGAGUAUUGGCGCACAGCAUCGCGGAAGUGAAGAUUUAAUUUUCGCUGAUAAUGAUAAUAAUGAUGAUAACGAUGAUAACGAUGAUGAUGACUUCCGAGACGAUGAGAGUAUAUUCCGGCCCCAGUAUAUCCCCAGAGAAAGAGGUGGGAGCUUUGAUAAUGGUAGCAAUGGUCCUGGCACCGCGAGGAGAGUUCAUAAUGAGGAGGAUGAUUUUGCAGGCCAGCAUACUAACAGUGGCGAGGAAGAUUCGGUUUAUGAUUUUGCAUCUGAGCGUUCUGCACCACAUAGCGAUAACGAAGACGAUGAACAACCUCCUUCUGAUCUUCAGCAUACAGUCAACAAGCUUAUUGCUUUUUUUCAGGGCGACGUUGGCGGCUGCACUUGUCGGCAGCACAUGGCAUAUGUAGCUGACGACGACCACUACGGCCUAAAUGAUAUCUUCAAUGACCGCAACAGCAUUUCUGUUCUCGCAUCCUCUGACUUGCUGUCUCCUGAUCAACUCAGUUGUAAUGUCCUCCCCAGACCUGUGCAAUUACAGUCUGCGUUUUGUGGCAUUUCUCCCCAGCAUCUCCAACCCCAGCAUGUUUGUUUCCACCGCGAAGAAACCCGAAAACAACCACUCCGGCACGCGUUCGACAUCGACAGCUAUCUUGGGUUCCUGCAUUCACUCGCACCACGAAAAGGCCUCUGGCAUCAACCGGUUCCCCAAGCGCGACAGAAUAUGACCAAUGACGUCUACCUCGAGACGCCCCUGUUCGUCGCGAGUGGCGACGGCGAGCAUGCUCCUCGAGCCACGCUGGCCAUGCUCCGAGACGUGCCUCAUUUCCUGCUCGGCCGGGCUGCAAAUGCGCACGACAUUACCAUCCACAUCCUGUCGCCGCAUCUUCCACAACCUCAAGACAAGUUUAUCUCAUUGUGA